AUGGUCUCCUCGUCGCGUCGCGUCCAGCGCAAGGCUCACUUCGAUGCCCCCGCUCACAUCCGCCGAAAGAUCAUGUCGGCCUCCCUUAACAAGGAGCUCCGAUCCGAGCACGGCGAACAUCUGCAUGGAUCUACGAUGGCGUGGGAGAAGCGCUCGGCCGUCAGGAGACGCAAGGGAGAUGGCUUUGUUCUCGUUCGUGGAGGCCGCAGAGUCGUCCACAUUCGUUCCAGUCCACUGCAUCGACCAUUCUCGAUCAUCCAGUAUCCCGACAAGCUCCAGAUGUCUGAACCGUCGCACUGCGUUCUGUCUCGGAUCGUACUUGGCCCGGCUAGUACAAGCAAUGCCGGCGGCAGGGCUCUGGAGGGUCACCGACGACAGGCGGCGCUACGCCGACCAACACGCAUCCCAGCAGUUCUACUUUCGGCGGCAUCGAUGUUGGAUGCGCCCCGUGCAGAAUUCGGUCCAGAGCCUGCUGCUAACCUGUUCUACUUUGUUUCGCACAUGCAGAUCCGCUCGCUUCCCGUUCGCAAGGACGACGAGGUUCUGAUCGUCCGCGGCUCGCAGAAGGGCGCCGAGGGCAAGGUCACCCAGGUGUACCGCAAGAAGUGGGUGAUCAACAUCGAGCGCAUCCACCGCGAGAAGGCCAACGGUGCCACCAUCCCCCACGGCAUCCACCCCUCGAACGUCGUCAUCACCAAGCUGAAGCUCGACGAGGACCGCAAGAAGAUCAUUGCACGCAAGUCGGGCGCCAAGAAGGAGGAGGACGUCGAGAUGAAGGACAACUAA